AUGGAGCUCGCGCGCGACGACCGCCUGCCGGUCACCGUGCUCUCGGGCUUCCUCGGCGCGGGCAAGACCACGCUCCUCAAGCACAUCCUCACGAACCGCGAGCGCGUGCGCGUCGCCGUGCUCGUCAACGACGUCGGCGCCGUCAACCUCGACGAGAAGCUCAUCAAGGAGUCGCGGCUCGUGCGCGCCGACGAGGCGCUCGUCGAGCUCACGAACGGCUGCAUCUGCUGCACGCGGCGCGACGACCUGCUCCGGGAGGUGCGCGAGCUCGCGGCGCUCAAGGACGAGGCCGACGCGACGAAGCGCCGCUUCGACGUGCUCGUCGUCGAGUCGACGGGCGUGUCCGACCCCGCGAACGUCGCCGACGCCUUCGCGGACGACGCGGAGCUCGGCGCGCUCGCGCGGCUCGACGCGAUGGUCACCGUCGUCGACGCGGCGUCCUUCGCGGAGAACUUCGGGUCCGUGGCGACGCUGGGCGGCGGCGACCACGCGGGCCACGGCCACGGGCCCGACGACGACUGCGACGCCGGGGGGCUCGGCGAGAACGUCGUCGACCUCCUCGUGAGCCAGGUCGAGUUCGCGGACGUCGUGUUGCUGAACAAGGCGGACCUCGCGGGCGCCGGGCGGCUCGCGGCCGCGGAGACGGCCGUGCGGCGGCUCAACCCGCGCGCGCGCGUCCUGGCGACGACGCAGUCGGACGCGCCCGUGGCCGACCUGCUGCUGACCGGCCGCUUCGACGCCGAGGCGACGGGCGAGAGCUCCGGCUGGCUCGCGAGCCUGCGCGCGGGCGGCGACGGCGUCGCCGAGAGCAAGGCGGACACGUCGCUGAGCGGCAUCGGCUUCCAGAACUUCGUGUACAAGCGGCGGACGCCCUUCCACCCGGGCCGGCUCCACGACUUCCUCAGCAGCCACUUCGUGCGGUUCGGGACGAUCCUGCGGUCCAAGGGCUUCGUCUGGCUCGCCACGCGCAACGACCACGUCGGCGAGUGGAGCCAGGCGGGGUGCGUCGGGCGCCUGGGCACCGAGGCCAAGUGGUACUGCACGGCGCCGCCGGAGGCCUGGCCCGAGGAUGCCGACGAGCGCGCGGCGAUCCUCCUCGACUACCCGGACGAGGAGCGCGACGUCGACCCCGAGGACCUCGACCCCGUGGAGGCCGUGGGCGACCGCCGCCAGGAGAUCGUCUUCAUCGGCAUCGACCUGCGCAAGGAAAAGCUCGAGGCCGCGCUCGACGCGUGCCUCCUGACGACGCGGGAGUGGAUGAAGCAGCAGGCGUGGCAGCGGCGCGCGCUCGGCGGCGCGGACGAGCCGGACCCCCUCGCGGACGCCGACCCCUUCGACGCCUGGCCCGACUUCGACCGCGAGGACGCCAUGGACGAGGGCGCUUGA